AUGCCCCGCCGCCGCCGUCCCCCGCGCUCCGGCGCCCUAACCGAGCUUCCGCCCCUCAAAAUCCUCAGCCAGAUUGCCGCGCUACAAGCAAUCUACUACGCCGCCGCUUUCAUUCUCAUGUUCUUCACGGCCGCCGUAGCAGGGAACCCGUUCACACUGGAUUUGGUGUUCGGCUGGGAGGCGGUAAGGGGGGAUAACACGCAGGGGUGGUUGAAUGGAUUUAUUUGGUGUUUGGUUGGCGGGUUGGUUUUACCCCUCUCCCUAACAGCCAUCGUCCAACGCUCCAAGCUCAUCCUCGACUUCGCACUCACCACGCACUUCAUCCACCUCGUCGUCGUAACCCUCUACACCACCCCCGAGUGGACCCUCCCGCGGCACACAGCCUGGUGGCUGACCAUGGGCAUUUCUUGCCUGGCUUCGUUUUUGCUCGGCUCGUGGGGGUGUAGGUAUAGGGAGUUGCAGCCUAUUGCUUUUGGUGGACAUGGUAACAACGCCGCCAGCAACAACAAUAAUACGAACGGAAGAGAUGGUGGAGGGCUAGGAGAUGAAGAACAAGGUUUCAUCACAGGUGGAAGAGGGGGGAGAACAAAGCGGGGAUCGAGAGGUGAUCUAGCAGGGGAUUACGAGAUGGCUACCAUCGCUGGCCCCAGCGGCGGCGGCGGCGGCGCAAGUGGGAGUGGAAGUGGAAGCGGAAAGGGACACGCCCGAUCACAAAGCACCGUUUCGCAAGCCGGCGGGUUAGGGGGCCCGGUGCAUAAAGCCGACUAG